AUGGACCCAAAGGAACCUAUUGCUAUCAUCGGCACUGGAUGCCGUUUCCCUGGCGAUUGCGAUAAUCCAUCGAAGCUAUGGGAACUUUUGCGUGAGCCGCAAGACCUCUUGAAAGAGAUUCCUGAAGAACGUUUCAACGUCGACACAUUCUACCACCCCAAGAACUACCACCACGGAAGCAGCAAUGUCCGCCACAGCUACUUGCUCAACGAAGACCUGCGGUACUUUGAUGCACAAUUCUUUGGGAUCAAGCCUAUUGAGGCCAACUCGAUUGAUCCGCAGCAGCGACUGCUUCUUGAGACGGUAUAUGAAAGUCUCGAGGCCGCCGGAUUAUCGAUAAACCAGAUGCGCGGCUCUACCACGGCUACCUACGUGGGUGUUAUGAGUGCCGACUUUACCGACAUGAUUAGUCGUGAUAUUGAUAUGUUCCCAACAUAUUUUGCUACUGGUACGGCGAGAAGCAUACUGAGUAACAGGCUGUCGUACUUUUUUGACUGGCAUGGUCCGUCGAUGACUAUCGACACAGCUUGUUCUUCUAGUUUGGUUGCCAUGCAUCAAGCUGUGCAAACUCUACGUGCAGGAGACUCGUCCAUCGCGGUGGUAGCCGGUUCAAAUCUGGUGCUCGGCCCUGAGCAAUAUAUUGCUGAAAGCAAACUACAAAUGCUUUCUCCCACCGGGAGGAGUCGCAUGUGGGAUGCUGAUGCGGAUGGUUAUGGCCGCGGGGAGGGGAUAGCAGCCAUUGUUCUCAAGCGUUUAAGCCAGGCUCUGGCGGACGGUGAUCACAUCGAGUGCAUUAUUCGAGAGACGGGCCUAAAUCAAGACGGCAGGACGCGAGGGAUCACCAUGCCGAGCGCAUCGGCGCAAGCAGCCUUGAUUCAAUCGACUUAUGCCAGGGCCGGUUUGGAUCUCAGCAAGCGAGCUGACCGACCGCAGUAUUUUGAAGCACACGGCACAGGUACACCGGCAGGCGACCCCAUCGAGGCUGAAGCUAUAAGUGAUGCCUUCUUUGGUCCUGGUUCAAACUUUACACCGAGUGGUCCCGAAGAUACGUUGUUUGUUGGGUCUAUCAAGACCAUUAUAGGCCAUACUGAAGGCACAGCCGGCCUCGCAGCUGUCAUAAAGGCCUCGUUGGCGGUACAGGGCAGAACGGUGCCCCCUAAUCGAUUGUUGAGUCGGCUCAACCCAAGUGUUGCUCCAUUUUAUCGCAACCUCAAAAUUCUUUCAGCAGCGCAAAAAUGGCCGACGAUAGCAAAGGGUGCCGUGCGUAGAGUUAGCGUGAACAGCUUCGGCUUCGGAGGAGCCAAUGCUCAUGCCAUCCUGGAGAGUUUCGAUGAACCGAUUGGCAACGAGUUAUUGACACAACAUGACAAAUUUCACACUUGUUUUACUCCCUUCCUUUUUUCAGCCGCUUCGGACAGUGCUCUCAUUUCCGGCCUUGAAAGGUAUCGAGAAACUUUGGCGACAACAAAGACAAAGAACGGCGAGUUUCAGUUCACACCCAGGGAUCUUUCCUGGACGCUGAGUAGCCGUCGCUCAACUCUUGAAUCUCGCACUAUUCUACCUGCUGUGAGCAAUUUUGAAGACCUAGUUGCGAAUCUGGAUACGACCAUAAAAAACCUGAGCGAAUCUCCUCCCUCACCAUCAUCCAGGACGGAUUCAUCGGGGAAAAAGCUGCGUAUCCUUGGCAUUUUUACCGGGCAGGGUGCGCAAUGGGCUCGAAUGGGUGCGGAACUUCUCGAGAAGUCUCCCGCUGCGAGGAGUAUCAUAUCCAAACUGGACCAGAGUCUCAAUUCUCUCCCGUCUCAGGACCGGCCACAAUGGCUGCUGCGUGACCAGAUUCUUGCAGAUGCGGAAUCGUCUCAAGUCAGCACAGCAUCCAUAUCACAACCAAUAUGCACGGCCAUCCAGAUCAUGUUGAUUGACCUGCUGAGAGUGGCGGGCAUUGAACUAUCGGCUGUGGUGGGUCACUCGUCGGGUGAGAUUGGUGCUGCCUAUGCUGCACAAUACCUCACUGCCGAAGAAGCGAUUCGCGUGGCAUACUAUCGAGGACUACACCUUCGAUCCGUCUCACACAAGGAAGGUGCAAUGAUGGCAGUUGGCACAUCGUUCGAGGACGCCACAGAACUGUGUGAGCUGCCGGCCUUCGAAGGACGUGUAUGUGUGGCUGCGAGCAACUCUCCUGCUAGUGUUACCUUGUCGGGAGACGCCGACGCGAUCGAAGAGAUCAAGGUGGUUCUCGCCGAAGAAAAGAAAUUUGCCCGCCUCCUCAAGGUAGAUCGAGCUUACCACUCUCACCAUAUGCAGCCCUGCGCUGAGGCAUACGUGCGGUCGCUUCAGCAGUGUCAUGUCACAUCUAAGCGUCGUACCAAUUGUCGCUGGGUCUCCAGUGUCUUUGUGCAAGAUAUCACCGAUAUGCCCGAAGACGAGAGCCUCAGUGGUACAUACUGGGCUUCGAAUCUGACAAGACCCGUCAUGUUCGCCGAGGCCCUGAGGAAGACUCUCGAGGACCCGGAGAACGGAACACCAACGCCACAAUAUGAUCUUAUUAUCGAGGUUGGACCGCAUCCAGCACUGAAGAAUCCUGUAUCACAAACAAUCCAAGACUACCUAGGACAAUCCGUGCCGUAUAUAGGCACGCUAUCACGCGGUGUCAACUCCAUCGAGGCCUUUUCCACGGCGCUAGGAAAUAUUUGGGAGUUAUUUGGUGAAGGCGUGGUUGACUUCACGACAUUCGACCGUUUGGUUUCGGGAGGGAGAAUUCCCAAGCCCAAGCUUUGCAAGGGACUUCCAUCGUAUCAAUGGGACCACAACCGAGCAUUCUGGUACGAAUCACGUCUUUCCAGGGCUUUUAGAACGAGGAAGGACAGCCCCAAUGAACUCUUGGGAAGAGACGUCUCAGAUGGUGCCCCUGAUCAACUUCGUUGGCAUAACGUGCUCAAACGCAGCGAGAUUGAAUGGUUGGAUGGCCAUCAGGUGCAAGGGCAAACAGUGUUUCCCUGCGCUGGCUAUGUAUCGGCUUGCAUUGAGGCGGCAAUGAGAUUGCCAGGCAUGAAGCAGCAACAGCCUCAGGAGCAGCAGCAACAACGGACAAUUCUGGCUAUUGAGCUGCUAGAUGUUAUAAUCGGUCAAGCCGUGGUGUUUGGUGAUGACCAAGACACGGGAAUCGAGACCUUUGUGACUCUGACUAAUAUUGCUUGGCAAGAAAAGGACAGUGAUGGCAACAGGAUUAUAUCUGCCAAUUUUUCAUUCUACUCCUCUCCAAACAGCGAGACCUUAGAGAUGACUAGCCACGCUACGUGCCAGGUUCGAGUUACUGUCGGAGAAGAGCGUCCUGGAUGCUCCGAUACGAACAUGCCACCCAGAAAGCCACACGAGGACGAUUUUGCAAUGCUGGAAGUUGAGUCGGACCGCUUCUAUGACGCUCUUGGAAAACUUGGCUUUGGUUACUCUGGUCCCUUCCGAGCGUUGUCAGGAAUGAAGCGGAAACUCGGCGCGGCUUCUGGCUUCAUCCGGAAUUCUCCUUCCUCGUCUUCUCCGCCUCUCCUGAUUCAACCAGCAGCGCUGGAUGCUGCUAUACAGUCCAUCAUGUUAGCGUACUGCUACCCUGGAGAUAGCAUGCUGCGCUCCAUCUAUCUUCCCACGGGUAUCAAGCGUCUGCUAGUCAAUCCCCAGCAUUGUUUGAGCUUUACUGGUGCCGACAUAGACGUACCUUUCGAUGCUAUGGCCUCAAUCAACACGUCUAGGAGUCUCUCAGGGGACGUCAGCAUCUACUCCCCAGAUGGUUCCCUCAAGGCAAUUCAACUAGAGGGAUUGCAAACGCGACCACUUUCCAACUCGACCGAGUCUAGCGACUUGAACAUAUUCACCGAGAUGGUAUGGGAAGUUGGCAAUCCCGAUGGCGAGCUAAUUGUCGCAAAAACAAACGUUCCGGAACUUGAACCUGACCUGCUCUUCUCGCUUGAGCGUGUGGCAUAUUUUUACCUGAGAUCGCUGGACAAGCAAUUCACUGCAAAAGAUCGGGCCAGAAUGAAACUCGAAUGGCAUCAGGAACGGUUUUUUGCAUACAUUGAUCACUGUCUCACCAGAGUGGCCCGUGGAAGUCACCCUUUCGUUAAACCCGAGUGGAUCCAUGAUUCUGAGAACAUCAUAUCAGAUAUCCUUAAGAAGUAUCCCGAAAACAUCGACCUGAGACUUAUGUGUGCCGUGGGAGAAAAUAUGGCAGCUGUAAUUCGAGGGCAGACGACGAUGCUAGAACACAUGAUUAAGGAUAACAUGCUGAACGACUUCUAUGUCGUUGCUCAUGGGAUGCCUCGAUACACCAAGUAUCUUGCGUCAAUAGCACGUCAGAUUAGUCAUCGAUAUCCGCACAUGUCCGUCCUCGAGAUCGGAGCAGGUACAGGCGGUGCCACAAAAUCGUUCCUGAACGAGCUGAGUGGUAGCUUCUCCACUUACACGUUCACGGACAUCUCCAGUGGCUUCUUCCCUAAAGCAGAGCAGGUAUUCUCUUCGUACAGCUCCCGGAUGAACUUCAAGGUGCUGGACAUCGAGAAGGACGUGCAAGAACAAGGCUUCUCGGAUGGAUCUUUCGACGUGGUCAUUGCUUCACUGGUACUCCAUGCGACUAGAAACCUGGCCGAUACUUUGAAGAACGUCCGGCGACUUCUCAAGCCGGGUGGCUACCUGCUCCUUCUUGAGAUUACCGAGAAUGAGCAGAUGCGUUUUGGUCUCAUCUUUGGUGGACUCCCAGGGUGGUGGCUCGGCCAUGAAGAUGGGCGUGCACUAUCCCCUUGCAUUGGGCUGAAGGAAUGGGACUUGUAUCUGAAGCAGACAGGUUUCUCUGGAAUGGAUACUGCUAUUCCGCAUCACGACAAGCUACCAGUCCCCCUCUCAAUCAUCGUCUCUCAGGCUGUUGAUGAUAGGGUCCAGUUCUUGAAACACCCCAUAUCGUCCCCAUUAUCGUCGAUUCAAUCGAGCCCGGUCAUCCCUCGAUUAACAUUGAUCGGUGGGGGUGGAGUCAAAAGCGCAAAAAUUGCGGCAGAUAUUAGUAGGAUUCUAGGCCAUGGGGGACCCCAUUGCGGACAGAUGAGAUUUAUCAAGUCACUCCAAGACAUUCGGCCACACCAAGACCUGCCUAUAGGAGGAACCACCCUCUGCCUAGCCGACAUCGACGAACCCGUUUUCAAGUCAAUAAAUGCAGAGAAGCUUCGCGGAUUCCAAGAGAUCUUCAAACAGUCCGCCAAUGUCCUCUGGAUCACCCGGGGCUCGCGUAGUGGCGAUCCUUUCUCAAGGAUGGUGAUUGGAUUUGGUCGAACACUGGUGCUCGAAAUGUUACAUAUUCGCCUUCAGUUCCUCGACAUUUCUCCAAGUAGUGCUGCGGAUAUUGAUAUCGUGAUGCCCGACCCAACUUCCAUUACCGAGUAUCUUCUUCGCUCUGAGGCGGCAGGGACUUGGGAAAAUGAAGGCGGUGCACAGUCCGAACGCGAGCCUCUCCUCUACUCUAAUGAACCAGAACUACACUUUGACCAAGAGAGUGGCAAAUUAUAUGUUCCACGGUUCAAGCUGAACAAGAGCCAGAACGAUCGGUACAACUCUGGCCGUCGGACCAUCACCGACCUGGUCGAUACGAAGGAGACGAUUGUUCAGCUCGCGCACCGCAAUGACGGGUUAUGCAACCUUUUUAUCGAAGACCCGUCUUCUUCUUCACCAGUUUCUGACUCUCUUCUCAACACGACAACGCAAAUGGUCGAGAUCGACGUCCUUUAUUCUGUCACCCGAGCAAUUAAGGUGCGCAGAGACUUCUUCCUUUUCCCAGUCCUCGGCGUAGACCGACGGACUGGGGAGAGGAUCCUGGCACUAUCCCUGAAAGAAGCAUCCAGAAUUAACGUCAUGGCCUGUUUCGUCCUGCCUGGGGUUGCAGCUCCAGAAGCGCCAGAUGGGGCCGUCGAGGCUUUACAGUUGCUAUACACUGAGCUACUUGCCCAGUCGGCGAUGAGGGACGUUCUGAUAGAUAGUCAAGUUAUCCUCCUGCAGCCAGACCCUGCAUUUGCUCGUGCAGUCAGCCGACUUGCAACUGACAAAGGCGCUAAACUUGCUUGUUUGAUGACGACUAAGAGACAGCAUCCUGGCAGCACGGAACCUGGUCUGGCAUGGAGCUAUAUUCACUCGAACGCAUCGAAACUCGAACUUCAGCAAUCAGUUCCCAACUUGUUCAUGGCUUCUGCAACCAAUAGUCCCUGGCUAAUUCUGAAUAUGGGAGGUGCAACCACGAAGGGUCUCUGUCGGAAUCUCGUCGAAUGCUUGCCCCCAGGUGUUGCGGCUCAUGUGAGCUCGGAGGCCACACUUACCUCUCAAACAGUGAUUUUGCCCCCACGCUUAGACCAACAUUGGCAAGAUGUUCGCUCUAUUCUGGUUAAUGCCAAAUACGGAAUGGAGGCGCGAGAUGGUGGUAAAGAGGAUCAGAAACGUCUUGCCGUUGUCACGGCCAAUGACCUGGUUAAUCAGCAGCUCCCUCAUGGCCUCAGGGAUGAACCACACGUCGUUGCUUGGCAUAAUCUAGGAAACGUCCCAAUCCAAAUCACACCUGUCGAUUCACACGUCAAGUUCAGAAAUGACAAGACUUACUGGCUUGUUGGUUUGACUGGCGGCCUAGGUUUGUCACUGUGCGAAUGGAUGGCACAGCGGGGCGCUCGCUAUCUGGUAGUCUCUAGUCGCAGUCCUAAGGUGGAUGAGCGAUGGUUGAAGAAAAUGAAGGGGCUACAAGUCACCGUGCAGGUCAUUGCCAAUGACAUAUGUGACCGAGAUUCGGUCCGGGCUGUAUACGAUGAAAUUUGCCGCAAGCUGCCACCUGUUGCCGGCGUUGCCCAAGGAGCAAUGGUCCUGCAUGAUACCAUGUUUCUUGACCUCGACAUGGAGCGUGUUAACAAGGUCAUGCGGCCCAAGGUUGAUGGAUCCAUGUACCUGGAAGAGAUCUUCAAAGACACUGACCUUGAAUUUUUCAUCUUCUUCUCCUCCAUGGCCGCGGUUACAGGAAAUCCCGGCCAGUCUGCCUACGCUGCAGCCAAUAUGUUCAUGGCUGGUUUGGCCAGUCAACGCAGGAAGCGGGGCCUCAAUGCAUCGGCAGUGCAUAUUGGAGCUAUCUUUGGUAAUGGGUAUGUAACGAGAGAGCUGACCCUUGCCCAGCAGGAGUUUCUCGGAAAGGUGGGCAAUCUGUGGCUGUCGGAGCAGGAUUUCCGCCAACUCUUCGCUGAAGCUGUGCUUGCUGGACAGGACCGCCGUAACAAGAAUCCUGAGCUAUCGACGGGCUUGAAGAUGAUUGAUGGCAGUCAAGAGUCCGAGGAUACUAUCACCUGGUUUCGCAACCCUAUAUUUCAGCAUUGCGUGAGGAGCGAGAGCCAGGAUGCCGAGUGGUCUAAUAGUGCGGACGGUUCGAGAGACCGGAGAGGCGUAGCUAUCAAGGCUCAACUGCUAGACGCUAUCAACCAAGAGGAAGUGCACCAGGUCAUGUUAGAUGCCUUCACCGCGAAACUACGGUCAAGCUUGCAAGUCGAAGAGGGCCGGAAUCUUUUGAACCUCACGGCAGAUAAUCUGGGCAUUGACUCUCUUGUUGCUGUCGACAUUCGUUCGUGGUUCAUUAAGGAGCUCCAAGUCGAGAUCCCCGUGCUAAAAAUCAUAAGUGGAACGACUAUGGGUGAAUUGCUUGUCUGCGCACAAGAGUUACUCCCAGCAGCCCUAACGCCGAACUUGGACCCCAAUAACAAAGACAAGCCUCGGAUUAGGGAACCAAAAAAGCUAGGGACGAAGCCAAAAUCCGCGACAAACCUCAUUUCCACUUCAGAAACAUCACCAGCAAAGCAACAAGGGCAGCCCACCCGCGAAAACUUGGCCGAAGAGAUAAAUUCUCGGGCAUCCACGACGGGGGUAAAGGGGCCACAAUGGCAGGCACAAGCCCAAUUGAGAUCAUCCGCAAAGCCUGUUUCAGCAGGGCCAGCAGAGUCUGGAAUUGGGCGAGAUGAGCACAGUGAAAACGAGGGCGACGAAAGGACUGACUUGACAUUAAUAACACCCACUUCUUCCUCGGAGUCUGCCAGCAUCUCAAACUCCUCCCCACUCAAAUUUCUUGCACUCUCAUUUGAUGAGGUUCAGCGACCAGGGACAGAGAAUUCCACUCCGGGCACUUCCUCCAAUACGUGGUCAGAGAUCGACGGCUACGAAGUACUGUCUCAGAAUUCCUCCUUUGGGCCGUCAUCGAAAAAAGUCCCCAAGGAACCAAAGUCGACGAACAUGCUAAGAAAGGUUGUCGCCUCCAGCACUGCGGUCACGAAGAAGGUGCUGAUUUCGUUCGCCCAGUCCCGAUUCUGGUUCUUGGAGCAGUACCUACAAGAUGCAUCUACGGCAUUCAAUAUCACUCUAUCCAUUAGCCUGAAUGGCUCACUGGACGUGGGAAAAUUCGAGCGAGCCGUCAAGCUUGUUGGACAGCGCCACGAGGCGUUACGAACACGAUUUAUUGCCGCAAAUAAUGACGGAACGGCUGAAGCACAGGAUGUCAUGCAAGAAGUUCUUGCGGUUCCGACACUGGAAUUGGAGCUGCAAGACAUUGGCAGUGACACCCAGGCAGAUGAAGUGUAUAAAGAAAUUCGAAGGCACCGAUAUAAACUGUCUGAGGGUGAAAACAUGAGGAUCUUACUCCUUAGGAGGUCGCUAGCUUCGUUCCAACUCAUCAUCGGCUACCAUCACAUAAACAUGGAUGGUGUAAGCUUGGAGGUGAUUCUGCGAGAGCUGGAGAUGGCGUAUAACUCCAAAACCCGGCUCUCGAGUGUCCAGAACGUGCUGCAGUAUCCCGAUUUUGCGGAACAGCAACGACACGAGUAUGAAUCGGGCCAGUGGACAGAUGAUCUUGCCUUCUGGCGAAACGAAUUUGGAGACAUAAGCUCAACGAUCCUAGAGCCACUCCCACUUCUACCCAUGGCUAAAACUUCAAGGCGCUCGCCUCUCACAGUAUAUUCUACCAGCACUGCAGAUUUCCACGUGAACCAAAGUAUUCUACAGAACAUAGAGUCCACUUGCAAAAGGCUGAAGGUGACAGCGUUCCACUUCCAUCUCGCUGUGUUCUAUACUCUCCUCAUUCGGUUGGUCGACGUCGAACACCUCUGUAUCGGCAUAAGCUCCGCGAACCGCGGCCACGGAGCAGACAAGCUGCAGAGCGUGGGAAUGUAUUUGAAUCUCCUUCCUCUAUUGCUAAGGGCCCAGCCCAACCAGACCUUCGCUAACGUGCUGAGGAUGGUUCGCGAAAAGUCACAAACCGCUCUCGCACACUCCAAGGUCCCGUUUGACGUUAUUGUGAGCGAGCUAGGCCUUCCUCGGUCAACGACUCAUAGCCCGUUAUUCCAGGUCCUUUUCAACUAUCGGCCUGGUGUAUCAGAGCGUCGCAGCUUCUGUAAUUGUGACAGCGAAGUUGUUGCGUUUGAGCAAGGACAGACAGCGUAUGAUCUGACCUUGGACAUCAUUGGGAACCCUGGCGGCGACUGCCAUGUCAUCCUAGCUGGACAGUCGGCACUCUACAACGCUCAUCAUAUGGGCAUGCUAAGAAACAUGUACAAACAGCUACUUGGCUCAUUUGCUCGGAACCCUGCAUUGCGGCCUAGUAUGGAGUCAUUAUAUGAUGCAGAGGAAGCAAGAAGCGCAAUUCAACUGGGACGAGGUCCCUUUUACAAAUACUUGUGGCCAGAAACUCUACCUCAUCGUAUUGACAUGAUGGUUCAGAAAUACAACAAUAAGAUAGCACUCGUGGAUGCCAGCAAAGGGCCAAAAUCAUCUUCAUCGUUGAGCUACGCACAAAUGGCCAACAGGGUAAACUCCAUCGCCACUGCCUUGAACAAGCAACAACCACCCAUAGGACAUGGAAGCAUAGUCGGUGUCUUCCUAGAACCUGGUUUGAAUUGGAUAUGCUCGCUUUUGGCCGUUUUGCGCCUCGACGCCACGUAUAUGCCCCUCGAUUCACGCACUGGACUGGAUCGAUUGUCUGCCAUCGUUCAAGAUUGUAAACCUACCUUGUUGCUCGUCGACGAUUCGACUGAGGAAGAGUCAGAAUACUUUGACUCGGUUCAGACGAAAAUUAACAUUGAUCGAUAUGCAACGACAACUGCCACAACACUAAUACCAAAUACGGCGAAGGCGAACUCGGUCGCAGCCAUCCUGCACACCAGCGGCUCUACUGGCAUUCCAAAGGGCAUUAUCAUGAGACACGAGACUUUCGCGAAUAGCAUCGAAAUCAUGACCGACAAGUUGCACUUCCGUGAGGGGGGUGAUGUGACCCUUCAGCAGAGCUCCUACAGCUUCGACAUGUCGCUCUGUCAGACGUUCCUGACACUUUCCAAUGGUGGAACUCUCCACGUUGUUCCGAAACAGCUCCGGGGAGACCCACUGGCUAUCUCUUCCAUUAUUGCAACGCAAGGUAUCACUUUUACGACAGCCACCCCGGCAGAGUACAUCAGUUGGAUUCGCUAUGGGAAAUCCGUGGAUCUUGGCAAGUCCAGUUGGAGACUCGCCCAGACAGGUGGUGAGCCAGUUAGCAAGGCGUUGAAAGACGCCUUCCGUGAAGUCUCUAAUUCAGGCUUGCACCUAGUUGAUUGUUAUGGCCCAACUGAGAUCACGUUUUGCUGCAGUAGCAGGGACGUGGAUUACUGGGCUGAAGUUCCUAAUGAAGAUGGAACUGACAACGCUACGGGCUUGCAAACAUGGCCAAACAAUUCGGUAUACAUUGUCGACACUAAUAUGAAGGCGGUUCCUGUUGGCAUUCCAGGACAGGUGCUCAUCGGCGGAGCGGGUGUCGUCGCCGGUUACCUGCACAGCGAGCUCGAUGCUCGAGGAUUUGCUACAGAUACCUUCGCGCCUACCGAUUUCCUUGCGGCUGGGUGGUCUCGAUUACAUCACACCGGGGACUUCGGACGACUUAGCAAGGUGGAUGGAAGCCUGAUCCUCCAGGGACGUAUCGCCGGCGACACUCAGGUCAAACUUAGGGGUCUCCGGAUCGACCUGCGUGAGGUGGAGGCUGCAAUUAUCAAUGCCGCGGAAGGCAAAAUUGUCGAUGUUGCUGUGACGGUGCGCGAGUCAACGACCUCUGGUUCCGAGCUCUUGAUCGCUUUUGCUGUUACUACUUCAACUAACAGCAAUGGAAAAGCGGAUGAUGAACUCAGUAGGGUGCUCAACCGGCUGCCCCUACCGCUCUACAUGCGCCCCGCUGCUAUAAUUCGUCUCGCAAAUCUGCCAAUUAACACAUCCAACAAGAUCGAUAGAGCCGCUCUGAAAUUGAUCCCACUUCCAGAAGGGCGUUAUAACUCAGAUGAUGCCACAACUUCUCUCGGUCCUCAGUUGAAUGACACUGAAUCACGCUUGAAAGAGCUAUGGGAGGACCUCAUUUCGAGCGAAGUACUCUCGCAAUAUAAAAUCGCUCCAGAGUCUGACUUUUUUCACGUCGGUGGCAGUUCGAUGAUCUUGGUUAAACUGCGGGCACGGAUCCAAAAGGCGUUUGGAAUAGGCAGCCACCAACUCUCAUUGUUCCAGUUGUUCGAAUCCAGUACUCUAGGAGGUAUGGCAACCCUGGUCAUAGAUUCUUCAUCGCCGAAGAACCCGUCACAGAGCCACAACAAUAGCCGCAGAACAGUCCCCGACGAAGAAGAAAAGGCCAUUGACUGGGAGGUAGAAACGGCAAUCUCGCCCAGCCUAAUGCGCAAUCCUCUGUCAAAGCAACACUUCUUCACACAACCAGAUGUAAUAGUCCUCACCGGGGCUACGGGCUUCCUAGGCAGAGCCAUCUUGACGCGCCUGCUCGAAGAUGGUAUCGUCAGCAAGAUUCACUGCCUUGCGGUCCGUGACCCGAAAGGCAUCUGCGAGCGCUACCCUGCCUUGUUCCGAUCCCCACAAGUCGUAGUUCACGCCGGCGAUUUAGCACUGCCACGCUUCGGACUCGCAGACGAGCAACAACUUUCAGACAUCUUCUCUGAGGCCCACGCGGUGAUUCACAAUGGCGCAGACGUCUCCUUUAUGAAGUCGUACACCAGCCUGAAGCCCGCCAACCUCGAAGCCACCAAGGAACUUGUGCGUCUUUGCCUUCCCUACCAGCUGUCGUUCCACUAUAUCUCCUCGGCAGCUGUUACACACCUAACAGGGGAGGAAAGCUUCGAGCAGCGGUCGGUUGGGUCGUAUUCCCCGCCAUCAUCAUCCGAGCUACUAAAUGGCAACAGUGGGUACCUGGCUACUAAGUGGGCCAGUGAGCGGUACCUUGAGAAAAUCAGCGAUCGAUGCGAGUUGCCUAUCUGGAUUCAUCGACCAUCGUCUAUCACGGGUGAUGGCGCGUCUGAGGUGGAUCUAAUGACCAAUUUGUUGCACUACUCGCGCACCAUCAAGGCGGUUCCCGAUACCAGCUUGUGGCGGGGGUACAUUGACCUGGUUUCUGUAGGCCGUGUCGCCAUGGAUAUUGCGAACCAGGUCUACGAAGACUACUCUUGGCCCGGCAACGUCAAGUACCUGUACGAAUCUGGGGAGCAAGAGAUUUUGCUAUCAGAUAUAAGGGGUGUGCUAGAAAGAGCGACUGGUGGGUCGAAGAUUGAGACGGUUCGGAUGGAGGAAUGGGUUUCAAGGGCGGAAGAGAAGGGGUUGAAUCCCCUACUUGGCGAGUAUUUGCGACAUAUAGAUGGCACUCCGUUUGUUUUUCCACGCUUGGUGCAUGAGGGCGAUUUCUUCUAG